CUCAUUCUCAAGCCUCUGCCAUUUAAGUUUUUACAUUGUAUAGUAACUUCAUAAAUUUUGUGUUUUAUUACUUCUAUAAUAGCUAUAUCUUACAUGUGCAAAUAUCUCUUGUUUUACAGCUGUAGGGAAUGGAAUGAAUUGGGUGAUGAUAACUUGGUAUAUAAACAUGCAUCACUUGCUAAGAUCCCAAUCUUUCGGUGGAAACGAGAAACUGCAGAAAAUAAAAGGAAAAGAUCUUUGUUCUUGCAGAGGUGUGUCGAUGCUGGAAAUUUAGAAGCAUUAUAUAGGAGAGGAGUGGUCGAUUAUUUGCAUAGAAAGGAACGAGGGUAUGCACUUGAGUGCUUGAAGAAGGCAGCAAAUGCAGGGCAUGUAGCAUCUAAGUAUGCAGUUUGCAUAAUUUCAAUAUAUUUGGGGGGAGAACAUAAGAAAGAUGGAAUCAGUGUGUUGAGUAGAAUGAAGGAGUCAAAGCAAAGUAGAAAGGAAGUAAGACAAGCUCGUCGAAAACUAGUAGACAUCAUCAAUAUGAUUUGGCUACGUAAUUUUCUGUGUGUGGAACCAAAACCUGUUUGUUGCACUAAACAUCGUCUUUGUAAGAAGAACUGGUGGGGUCCCAUUGACAGUGAUGAUGAAGACUCAGGCAUAGAGUGUGAAUCUUGUAAAUGUGACUUAGAAAUUUCUCACUUUAAUAGUAUUUGGCCAAAAGUAUGUACUCCUUAACUUUUAGUAAGGUUCAAACUCAUAAUCAAGAUUCUGGCCACUUAAACAAGGCUUCAAGGUUAUAUAUAUAGUUUGAAUUUA